GGGCGAGACUUCCGGUGUGGGUGAUGGCGGGAUUGGUGUGAAGUUGUGGCUGUUGGUGAAAGAUGUCCCGGGAUCGUACCGAGGCGGGCAGUGUGGUUCCCCUAGAGGAGUUAAGUAGCUGGCCGGAGGAACUAUGUCGCCAGGAACUGCCUUCGGUCCUGCCCCGGCUCCUCUCUAUGUAUCAGCAUUCUGAGAGUUGGAUUGAGCAUAUUCGAAUUUUGAAAAUAGUUAUUGAGAUGUUUUUGCCUCAUGUGAACCAUCUGACAUUGGAACAGACUUUGUUUGCAAAAAUGUUACCAAAGACUGUAAAAUUAUUUGAUGACAUGAUGCUUGAAUUAACUAGUCAAGCCAGAGAACUGUCGAGCCAAAAUAUGGAAAUCCAGAGCACUCUUAGGAGUAUUUUACAAACAAUGGUACAGGUAUUAGGAUGUCUUAAAGGAUGUGUUCAACAUGUCUGUACCACACAGAAAUCUGUUGUUCUAGAAAAUAUUCAUAGUCUACCCUCUUCAGUCCUUCAUAUACUGAAAAGUACAUUUGUACAUUGUAAGAACAGUGAGUCUGUAUAUUCUGGACAUUUGCACCUUGUGUCAGACCUUCUCCAGGCCCUUUUCAAGGAGGGUUAUUCUCUUCAGAGGCAGUUGAUGAAACUGUUGGAAAUGGUUUGCAUGAAUCCUGCUGUAGAGGAGAAUGAUACUUUGAGUAUGGUAGAAGUUAUUCAUUUGCUAUUAGGUAUCUGCUCUGUCAUUUCCAGUAUGGACCAAGCAUUUCAUGCCAAUACGUGGAAGUUUAUAAUUAAGCUGAGCCUUAAACACCAGUUGGUUAUAAAGAACCAGUUGAAACAUAAAGAUAUAAUUACAAGCUUAUGUGAAGACAUUCUUUUGUCCUUCCAGUCUUGUUUACAGUUAGCUGAACAGAUGACACAGUCUAAUGCACAGGAUAAUGCCGACUCUAAAUUAUUUCAGAAAACACUAAAAUUGUGUCGUUUUUUUGCUAACUCCCUUUUGCAUUAUACUAAGGAAUUUCAUCCUUUCCUCUCUGAUUCUUGCUGUGUAUUACACCAGCUGUACCUUCAAAUACACAGCAAGUUUCCUCCAAGCCUAUAUGCUGCCAAGAUUUCCAAAGCACAACAGGAGGAAAUAACUACUUUCCUUGUGAUACUGGAUCCACUCAUCAGUCAGCUGAUCACAUUCCAGCCCUUUGUGCAGGCAGUUUUGGAUAGCAAACUUGACCUGCCAUGUGAACUACAAUUCCCACAAUGCCUACUCCUGGUGAUGGUUAUGGAUAAGCUACCUUUUCAGCCUGUGGAUAUACAGACCCUGUGGUGCACAGAAAGCCAAGACUCACAAGCUACAACCAGGAUAUCCCUACUCAAUGCCAUUUUCUACAGUUUUGAGCAGUGUUCUGGUGAACUCUCUCUUCCUGUUCAUUUACAGGGAGUAAAAAAUAAAGGCCAAACUGAGGUGCCUGUCACCUUAUAUCAGCAUGUCUGUGUUCAUCUGUGUGCAUUUAUUGCUUCCUUUCAUCCCUCACUGUUCCCUGAGCUGGAUGCUGCUCUGUUGAGUGCCGUGCUUAGUGCUAAUAUGAUCACCUCCUUGUUAGCCAUGGAUGUAUGGUGCUUCCUUGCUCGAUAUGGGACUGCUGAGCUCUGUGCACAUCAUGUCACCUUGGUGGCUCAUCUGAUAAAAUCUUGCCCUGGAGAAUGUUUUCAGCUCACCAACCUGUCAAUACUGUUGAAGAGGCUUUUCUUCUUCAUGGCCCCAUCUCAUCAGAUGGAAUUUAUCCAGAAAUUUUCUCCAAAAGAAGCAGAAAAUUUGGCUCUGUGGCAGUAUAUUUCCUUCCAGGCAUUGUCUGCUAAACUUAGAAAACAAGUUGCACAUGAAGUGACCAGAGUAAGCACUGCCCAGUGCAGAAAGUGGCUGAGCAGCAGUUAUACUUUGAGAGAACUAGAAUCUCUGAACACAGCACUUUCUGCUUUGCUUGCGCUUUGUAAUUCUGCUGGUGAAGCUGUGGAUAUUGGACAACAAACUGCAAUUCUUGAAGUUGGAAAUCAGCUUUGGGCCUUUUUAAGCUUAAAACUGGUAGCCAGUCAACCCUGUGUUCAGCAGACAUUUAGCAUUUUAUUGCCACUGAUGGGAUUUCUCAUCCAAAUUGUAGAUCCGCAACUGAUAAGUCAGGUAGUAACUCUGCAAACCUCACUCCUUAAGUUUGAGGCUCCUGACUAUGUCUGUUUGGCAAUGCUGGAUUUUGUGUCUUCUCUAGGAAAACGUUUCAUACCUCGAGAUAUCCAGGACAAAAUUCUCCCCAACCUGUCUCAAAUUUUUGCCUUACUGUUAGCUGGUAGGAAUUGGCUACUAGAACAGCAUACAUUGGAGGCUUUUACUCAGUUUGCUGAGGGGACAAAUCAUGAAGAGACGGUUCCACAGUGUCUCCGCUCUAAAGAAACUAGGAACAAAGUUGUAGCCUUUUUGGAGAAGACUGUACUUGUAGAGGAAACUGAAGCCGCUAAAGUGGACCGGGUGAAACAGGAGAAAUGUCUGCUCUCUGGACUGCUUACUAAAGUGACUGCAGCUGAAGGACAGGGGUCGUCUCCUGAGCCUUGUACAAAAAGAGCCCGUUACGACUUCCCCUUGGAAGAAGAGUACAGGUCAGCAGUGCAGUCCGCAGCAGGGGCUUUGGAGACAACUGAGUUAUUACUUAAAAAGGCUCCUGCUCCAGGCUGGCUACGAAUGGAAAUAGAAGCACUGCAAGAAAGGAUAGAGAGGCUAAAGCGCUUGUGUACUCCAGGGUGAAACGUCAAUGUUAGUUAUUAUCAGACAGACUUGGGUUUGAUUCUUACCAACUACUUGAUGUUUUGUAAAUGAAUUCCUGAUCUUAAGUGUGUUUGUACAUUUUGUAGCACAUAUAAAAGUUUUUGUAAAUGUGAAAA